GUCGUUUUUAAUUUCUCAGCGCGUAAUUUAAUUUCAGAAUUUAAUCUUAUCAAACAUGUACUGCAAAUCGUCCAAACCUGUUACGUGGUGCCAUCAUAGUGUAACACUCGAUGAGUUGUUCAGUUUAGUAACACGGUACUUUUAUUCGACCCAGAAUGAGUUGCAACUUGUCUGAUGGACCAUUUCUCUUCGACUUUAGAAAGGAUCAACACUUUUUCAGUCUCCGUCAAUCGCAGCAAUUUGAAGUUUUUGACAUUUUCAACAGAACUGCUGAUUGAAUGUCACGAAAAUUAACUGACGUGAAAGUUUUGAAAGCAACUGUACAUACCUUACUAUACAAAAAUGAGUAAAACUUUUAUAACAAAUUAUGUAGCAUACUAAUAAGCUAUGAAUUUCGAAUUUAGGUAGGUACCUAAAAUCGCUAUCAAUUACUUGUUGAGCUAAAAACUAAGAUGAAGACAUAGACAUAUCACAAUGAAAAUAUUAAAAGUCAAACAUUAUUUUUGUGUCAUUUCAAAAUAUUCAGUGUUCUCAUACAAUCAUUACAUAAAAAUGGCUGAAGGUGGCAUGUCUUUAGAACAACAGUUCGUAAAUUUUUCAAAAUUUGGGGAUACGAAAUCUGACGGUAGGACCAUAACAUUAACACAAAUCGACAAAUGGUUAAAACAGGCACAGGUGAUAGGAAAAAAAAUUACAACUACGGAUACCGGGAUAUGUUUCAACAAAUUUAAGUCAAAAACGAUCGAUUGUCCCACUUUUAUAAAAUUUAUUGAAGAUCUAGCUCAGCAGAAAAGUAUUCCGCCUCCAGAAAUAAAAGACAAACUUGCUUCGUGCGGCUUGCCCGGAACAACAAAGGCGACCCAAUCUGUUAGUGUCGGAGCAGUUGACCGAUUGACGGACACUUCCAAAUAUACCGGCGCUCACAAAGAAAGGUUUGACGCUGAAGGGAAAGGUAAAGGAAUUUCUGGACGUGCCGAUGUCGCCGAUAAUUCAGGCUACGUCGGAGGAUAUAAAGGACAGAACACCUAUGAUAAAACUCAUUGAAGAAAGUUUAAAAAUAUUUUAUUUCAUAUCACUCGCCUUUACUCAUAC